ACCACCCGGGUAAGUAGAGGCCACGCUUCCUGGGUUCCGCGCCCUUUCUCGGCGUGACUUGUGGCCUUUGAUAUUCAACCCUCCUCCGCCAGCGUAGGCUGCAUGAGAGGGGUGCGGGCUCCCGCGAUCCUGCUCGGCGGAGGGCUUCAGGGACCUUUCCUUCGGGGUGCAGCAGAGGGAGGGCAGAAUCCCAGUGUCUGUCCAAACGAAGGGUUUCUGGGGUGCAGUUGCCUGUGGCAUUAGUGGGGAGACACAGAGUUCGCCGCCUGUCCCAGGCCGCGCUGCUCCUGGCGCUGCUGUGGAUGCCGGCGCUGCCGCCUGCGGCCUCCCGCCUCCUCUCGCUACCCCGAGCCCUGAUGUCCAUGGCGUCAGGAAGCCCCCCGGCCCAGCCCUCGCCCACCUCGGAUUCGGGUUAUGUUGCCGGCUCGGUCUCUGCAGCCUUUGUCACCUGCCCCAAUGAGAAGGUCGCCAAGGAGAUCGCCAGGGCAGUGGUGGAGAAGCGCCUGGCAGCCUGUGUCAACCUCAUCCCUCAGAUCACAUCCAUCUAUGAGUGGAAAGGAAAGAUUGAGGAGGACAGUGAGGUGCUGAUGAUGAUUAAAACCCCAAGUUCCCUGGUUCCAGCUUUGACAGAUUUUGUUCGCUCUGUGCACCCGUACGAAGUGGCCGAGGUGAUCUCGCUGCCCGUGGAGCAGGGGAACUCCCCGUACCUGCGUUGGGUGCACCAGGUCACAGGGUCAGCUUCCGACUCCAGCACGGUCCCCCCAUGAGGAGCCCCGUUCCUGCUGGGUCCCCCUCACGCACUUCAGUGCCCUCUGGCUUGCAGAGGAUGACAGGGCCCUAAUAAAUCCCACCUUUGGUUCUUUCUGCCUUU